AUCCUAAAAUGAAACCAGCUCAAGAAUGUGGUUCUGGUUCAGUAAACAGCAGCAGAACUCUGACUCUGAUGGUGAAGCAGUGAAGCGACCAAUCAUAGCUCAGCUUGUGUUAACAAAGCGGGGGUCUGUGCCCCCUGUCCUGGUGGCGAGGGUCUGUGCCCCCUGUCUUGGUGAUGAGGGUCUGUGCUCCUGUCCUGGUGGCGGGGGUCUGUGCCCCUGUCUUGGUGAUGAGGGUCUGUGCUCCUGUCCUGGUGGUGGAGGUCUGUGCCCCUGUCCUGGUGGCGGGGGUCUGUGCCCCUGUCUUGGUGACGAGGGUCUGUGCUCCUGUCCUGGUGGUGGGGGUCUGUGCCCCUGUCCUGGUGGCGGGGGUCUGUGCUCCUGUCUUGGUGACGAGGGUCUGUGCUCCUGUCCUGGUGGCGGGGGUCUGUGCCCCUGUCCUGGUGGCGAGGGUCUGUGCCCCUGUCCUGGCGAUGGAGGUCUGUGUCCCCAGUCCUGGUGGCGAGGGUCUGUGUCCCCGGUCCUGGCGGCGGGGCGUCUGUGCCGCUUGUCCUGGCAAGACCUGCCAGUUUGUGCCAACAUGAAAAUCUGUUUCCUGAUGUUUGUUUUUGUGUUUUCACAGUUUCUUCGUCUGGGUUCUGMUUUCAUGAAGCAAACAGGAAGCAGAUAGGAGGCAGCUCCGGUGAGGCUGAU